GUCACAUAGGACGUGCAAAAUUGAAAUUAUAAAGAAAACAUCUGAGCACAACUCUUUGAUCCACCUAGAGAUAUGGAAGCAACAGCCAACAGGUACCCUGCGCUGAACAGAACUUAGAAGCUUUUGAUUUAACCUUGCCUUCAUCUCCAGGUAUCUAAAAUUAACAUAAUGUUUAUCAAGUAUUUGGGCUUCUGCUGUUUGAAGCAUACAAGUUCAUCUCAGAGACAGUAUCCAACAGUGAUAGAAGAGCUACGCCAUAAAUUUUCUCUGGUCAAGCUUAGAAAAUCAACCAACAACUUUGAUGAAAACCGAAUACUUGGAAGUGGAAGCAUUGGUACUGUAUAUAAAGGUUCUCUCCAACUCGAUGGUGCUACUGACGAUAGAGUUGCAAUCAAACAAAUUGAUGUGAGCAACAACCAAAAUCUUAAAGAGUUCAAGAACGAAAUUGAGAUGCUAUGCCAACUUCGUCAUCCUAAUUUGGUCAGUCUAUUAGGAUUUUGUGACCACAAAGACGAGAAGUAUGUCGUAUAUGAGUACAUGGCCAAUGGAUCUCUCCAUGAUCACCUAUAUUGUGGUGAUGUGAAAAGGGAACCACUAACAUGGAAGCAGAGGCUAAAGAUCUGCAUAGGAGCAGCACAUGGACUACACUACCUUCACACAGGUGCCAAGCGCCCCAUCUUUCAUCGUGACAUAAAUCCCACUAAAAUUCUUUUGGAUAGCAACAUGGUUCCCAAACUAGCAGACUUUCGGCUUUCUUUAAAAGGACCGCAUUCUACAUCAAAGCCAAAACCAAAGUCAAUAGUGAAAGAUGGCUUUCUAGGUACACAUGGUUAUGUGGCCCCUGAGAUUUCACAAAACAAUACACUAACAGAUAAAUGUGAUGUUUACUCCUUUGGUGUUGUUCUACUAGAAGUGGUAUGCACAGACAAGCUAAAAUUUGUUGAGAAGAGGCAAAGGCACCCUGUUGAGGUGAAUAUUGAUCCGAAUCUCAAAGGAAAUAUUGCACCAGAGUGUUGGGAAGUAUUUGUGGACAUCACAGAAAGAUGCUUGAACUAUGAUCCAAAUGAGCGACCAACAAUGGGUGAAGUGGAGGUGCAACUUGAGCUUGCACUGUCCCUGCAGGAAGAAGCAGAUAUCAGAAAUACUUGUGAUGAUUAUACCUUAUUAUCUAUGACCAUUAUUAAUUAAUCUUUGGCCAUGAGAGGCACCAACUUUAGCUGAAAACAGAAUCGAUGGAUGAUGGAACUACCAAGGUUGUCUCAAAGAUAACAGCGCAACUGGUUAUUGAAUUGCAAUACAGCAGAUGAGA